UGUAAUCUCGAUCUCCAUGGAAAAACUGGCUCAGCUCGAGAAAUUAAUAAAAUCUGGAUAUUUCUCAUAACUUUUCAGCCAACGCUGAACACAUUUGGAAAACAACUACAUAAAGCAGAGAAACUCAUAAGAAAUACUAAGGCAGAUUGUGGAUGACUUUGGCCCCUGUGUAAUCUAAAGCAGCCAUGGAUCCGGUUAUUGAAGUCGUUGCUUUGAUCCUAGGCGUUGUGAGUUGGAUAAUGGUUGGCGUCACAAUCCCGAACCGUUACUGGAAAGUAUCCUCGUUAGACGGGACAGUGAUCACCACCUCAACCCUUUACGAGAAUCUGUGGAUGUCCUGCGCCACGGACUCGACGGGAGUGCACAACUGCCGCGAAUUUCCCUCUCUACUGGCCCUGUCUGGUUAUAUCCAGGCGUCCCGCGCUCUUAUGAUCGCGGCAGUGGUGGCUGGCUCAUUCGGCAUGGUGGCCACCCUCAUCGGCAUGCAGUGCUCGAAGGCCGCCGGUGACAAUUACGUACUGAAAGGCAGAAUCGCCGGAACCGGAGGCGUAUUUUUCCUGCUGCAGGGUUUGUGCACGAUGAUAUCAGUGUCCUGGUACGCGGCCAACAUCACUCAAGAGUUCUUCAACCCGCUUUACCCUGGCCAAAAGUAUGAGAUUGGAGAGGCUUUAUACAUCGGCUGGGCCUCUGGUGUUCUUGCCAUCUGUGGUGGAGCUUGUCUCAUGUUCUCCUGCAAAUUAGGCACAAAGGAGAAGGCUUACUACCAGCCCACACGUGAAACAGUUUACUCAGCAUCCGCAUCCAGGAGAGAUGCUCAGAGCACUUAUGGAAGAAAUGCCUAUGUCUGAAUGAAGCAAUUCUGGUCAAUUUCAUGGCCAAACAACAUUAUAUUACAUUACAUUAAUAGUUGACUGUUAAUAUUCUGUCUAGUGAUGUUUUAUCAGUGCAAUUAUGUAAAUAUGUAUACAGUACCAAACGCACAGGUGGUUUUGUGGCCACCUAAGGAUAAGUCAUUAAUCAAGUAAAAUGUUACCAUGUCAGUUUUGCUGUGCAAAAACACCUCAGAGAACAUUAUACAGAAUGAAAGAGUUGAAAUUCAAUUUUGUUUAGAAUUUAGAAUUUUGUUGCCGU